UUUUUUUACAACCAUCCCACUUUUCCUCUGACCUCGUUCGGUAUUUCGUGUCCCCACGAAACUCUCCGCCCUUUUUCUCUCUCCUAUUCUGGGACGAGCCCUACGUCCGUACCCUAUAUAGAACCAAGAGGCCCCUCCCACCCCGCCGACACCUGCAUCAUGUCCUCCGCUAUGGCCUCUCCCGGAUUCUCCGCCCAUAAACCUUCCUGCCCUCGACUCUCCACCAUCACUGCAGGCGACACCUCCCCCGUGAACCACUCACGCAGCUCCUCGCCUCUUUCCUCUGGCUCCUCGCCCGACGGUUCCCGCUCCAGCAGCCGCCGUCGUCCCUCGUGCGGCUCCAUCAAAGAAGACGUUGACGGUAAGCCGAGCAUGCCCGCCGCUCCGGGGGAUCCUCCGGGGGUCUAUGGAUCGCCGCUAACUGGGGCAAUGGACAGGUAUCGCCCAAUCGUUCGUGGAUACUCACAUUGAAGAAUCCCCCAAGGAGCAGAAGCCGCCCGCCGGGCCCGAGAUGCAGCAACCGCCGCAAUUCUGCUGCCCCUGCGGCGGCUUCCUCGGUUGGAAGCAGAUCCGACUGGGAGGCCGGAGCAUGAGCCGCAGCUACAGCGACCUGCGAAGCCUCGGGGGCAUGCAGUCGCGUGGCUGGGCCUGGGAGUCGACGCCUACGCCCACGCCGCCUCCCAAGGUCGAUGUGAAGAAGGAGGAGCCCAAGGCCGCCCCGGUCCCGGGCUUGUCCCCUCUCGAGAAGAUGCCUCCAGAGGUUCUCGAUCAAAUCAUCUCUCAUCUGGCGAUCGACGUCCCGCCCAACGGCUACGCACCGCGCAACGUGGAUCUGAUUGCCUGCCUGCUCACCUCCCGGACGUUGCACGCGGCCACCCUCGGUGUGUUGUACAGGAACAUGACCUUCCCGCACUCCAUCAUCUUCUCCAAGGCCCUCAACCACAUGUCGUCCUAUCCCGCGCUCGGCACGCUGGUUCGCCGCCUUGAUUUCUCGCACUUCACCUCGGUGGGGCUGGGACGCACCAAGCAGAUGAACGCCGAGAUCCAGAACCUGACCCCGCGCACCCUGCUGCAGUGCCUCGACCUCCUGCCCAACCUGCGCGAGUGCCUGCUGCAGGAGCAUGUGGAAGGUGACCUGAGCGUCGACGUGCUGCGCAAGUUAUUCACCGGCCUGCCCAACCUCGCCGCUAUCGACCUCUGCGGCUGUUCCACCCAGUCCUUCUCGGCCGUCUUCCAGGAGGCCCUGAUCGCGGGGCCCAACCUGCCCCUGACCCUGCCGAACCUGCGUCGCCUCUCGAUGCAUGAGUGCAGCAGCCUGCCGGCCUCCGCCUUCGAGACGCUGCUCCCGCGCCUCAUCAACCUGACCCACCUCGAUGUCACCCACACGCAGAUCAGCGAGGCGGCCCUGUUCGCCAUCCCCGAGACCGCCCGCGUCACCCACCUGGGCCUGUCCCGGUGCACCCGCCUCCGGGGGCCCCGGGUCGUGGACUUUUUGACCACCCACCCGGCCGUGUGCGACUCGCUGGUCUUUUUGAACUUGCUGACCGAUCCCUCGCGGUUCCGGCUGCUCGACGAGGAGGACGUGUCCCGGCUGCUCCCGAAGCUGCCCGCCACCCUGCGGUCCCUCAACCUGGGCGGCGCCAAGGUCACGUCCGCCCACGCCAACGCUCUGGUGCCCCUGACCAAGCACCUGGAGGAGCUGGGCCUGAGCUCCGCCGAGCUGUCGGCCCAGAACAUCAACGCCUUCCUGGCCCCGCCCGCCGUACCCGCCGGCGAGGAGGCGACCCCCUGGGUCCCCUCGGCGCUGUGCUACCUGGACCUUAACCGUGCGCCCCAGCUGUCUCUCGGCACCGUCUUCAACACGAGCACCUGCCUCCUCCUGGGACAGCAGGGCUGGCCCCUGCAGGUCAUCGAAUUUAGCGACAAGCUGAUUGCGCCCCUGCGUGAGCGGACCCGGAACGCCAAGACCAACCUGGGCUGGACGGUGCGCGAACUGGGUCGUCGCGGCUGGUACGUUCGGGACCCCGCCUCGAUGCCGAACCAGCCGGUCGACGACGGCUCCCGGGGAUGGAAGAUGGGCGCCCGGUGGUGGGGCAUGCGCAAGAUCCCGGUCGCCGUCGGCGACGUUGGUGGGAUUUACGGACACUACAUGUUCAAGAAAUGACCGACUCGUUUCUGCUAUACUUUUUUGUUUACGUUAUACCCUUGUUCAUAUCUGUUUUUUUUUUUCUUUUUUUGUUUUGUUUUGUUUUGUUCUGUUUAUCUUCUGUUCUCUUGUCUUUGUUUUUGUUUUGGCAGACGGACACGUCACGCAUGGAUCUUUUGCUUUCGACCAGCGCGGACGUGGAUGGAUGUUCUUACUGGACGGGUUGAGUGUUGUAUUCUGCAUAGCGGGAGCGAUCUCUUUUCAGCGUUGGGAAUGUUCGAGUACGGUCUUGCAGUAUCUCCUGUUGCGAUAUCCCCUCUCUGGCGAAGUUCGUUUUUCAAAAUGUGUCAUUAUCGCGGAUGGCAUUGUCUGGAUGUUUAGUUUGGCGUUUAUUGUGGUAGCACGGUGUUAUGGGCUAGUCAAUCG